AUGUCGGAUAGAGAAGACACACCCCCGCCUCUCCCCGCAAGCCCUCCACCACCACCAAUGGAGGACAGCGAACUAACUACUCCACCUCCAAAGAGAAAAACAUCUGGGAAAAUAUUAGAGCUCCAGAAAAUUCUUCGCGAGAAUGGAGGUCUUGGCAUGUACAACUCUCCAAGUGCUAGCAACGCACCAGCCCCUCCCCCUUCUGCAACCACAUCUUUUGAGGAGGACCAAACCUCGUGGCAACCACCUAGGCUCUCUCACGCCACGAAGAACCGUCCCAAGAGGAAAGUUAGACCCCCUUCCAGGAACAGCAGUCUGAGCAAAGAUGGUUUCCUGGAGACAAUAACCACAGCAACACCGAUUUUGGCUGUGGAGGAGGAAGAAGAUGGAGAAAAAAUGUUCGAUGAACCACCACCCCCCCUCCCUCCCAUGUCUGCCCCUCCUGGUGCCCCACCGUCACCACCUGUGUCUGACACUGAGUCACUAGGUAAUGAACUAUUUGCACCCAAAGAGAGUCGGGAACCUGUCGUCACGAGCACCCCAAUCGAGACCACGGCCAAACCGUUGAUGAAGUCCGCAUGGUCGGAUGUUAUCGAGUCCAAGAAACAACCAAAAACAAGUCCAAUUGUAGCUUCCAAAAGCAGCACAAGCACACCUAACUCUGUACAGACUAAAGGUAUUGUGAUUGGCUCAUUCAGCGAUCGAUUGAAGAAGCUUAAAGAAAGACGAGCGGCAAAGACAAAUUCUAACUCUUCACUACCCCCCACAUUAUCUCCCUCGACAACCACCACCUCUAUACAAUCAGAGGAAGCAAACACAACUGAAACCUAUCCUUCAAGUGUAAAGCCGCCAAUGAACAAUGUGAAAACAGUUGAACAUUCACCAAAAAUAUAUUCGACACCAGAACUCUCGAUUUCAGAGCCACCAAGUGAACCAAAACAUUUCCCACCAUUUGAGAGAAAAGAAAGACCUGAAUCAGACGAAGAUGAACUGCCACCAGCCCCUCCCCCUCCUAUACCUGAGCUCCCCCCACCCCCGGAGGAAGUGGACCAAGUACGAAAUAACAUACCCGCCAAAUCGCACACUCUCUCCUCAAAAGUAUCGUUUCGAACGUCUCAAUGGAAGGAUGAUUGGACAAGAAAGAGUGAGCAGCUACAACUAGACAGCUUCAAGUCAGACAACCUCCCUCUACUGGGUUUAGACGCGGUACACAGACCUGCUCCUAUGGAAGAGAUUUCAGAAACUAAAGCAGAACCACGUCCUCUGAAUGCGUUUGAAAUGGAUGCCUCAAGUUUAAGUGGGUCAGUUCCAAGUCUCCCAGACUCCCUUCCACCAGAUCUGCCAGAUGCCCCACCCCCCACACUCCCAGAGGACCCCCCACCUAUUCUACCAGAAGCACCUCCCCCAGUACCCGAGACAUUUCAAGUCUCGUCACUAGACUCGAGUGAGACGAAUGAAGGGGGACGUUUAACCCCGAGUUUCAGGUCCUUAGAAACCUCAACCCCUAAUGGCAAUCAAGAUUACUCUCUAAACGUUGUCAAAUUACGAGAGAGGAAGUUGCUUUCUCCUCCGAAAGACACUGGUAUGAAACGAAGAUCAGCCUUCGAUGCCCUUGUGAAUGUGGAGCCAAAUACUGAAGAAAGAAACGAGCCAAAACUCUCACUCGAAGAAAGACGAAAGCUCACAAUAAUGGCUUCUAAAUUCUCUAGUGCAGAUACUGACAUAGCACAUCAAGUGUGGAACAGACAGACUGUAAGCUCUCAUGGAACUCCAGCUGCCAAUACUCCGCAAAGUACAAGUCGUAUUUUGAAGUCCAAACCUAGUCACUCAAUGAAUUCCCUCAGGGCGUCACAGCCCUCCUCCAAAAAUGAGUCACCUGAUGUAAGGACGAAGGAACAAAAGCAUUCGCCAGUUUCAAGCAAUGAAAUGCUCGACUUGAGCUCCUCUUCCGAUAGCACGUCACACAACAUUAAGAGAAAGGAUAUAACUCAAUUACAGGAAAAAUCGUUUAGUUUACCUCCCGGUGACUCUGGCACAUUCCAACAAAUCAGAGUCAUCUCCGAGGGAACUCCGCCCUCCAGUCCUGACGUCAGGUACACUCGAGUUGCCAGGGAAAAUUGGUCUCCCAAAGUCAAACAAUCAAAGAAAUUCAUAAGAGAUGAUGACGAUCUCUCUGCUUCGGCAAGCACUGGAAACAUUCUACCAGCUGUAUCUCACCGUAAAAAAAAGAAAAGAAAAUGGGCAAGCUUGGAAAAAACAUCGAGUUUGAAUUCGUUUGGCUCUAGCAAUGAGUCCCCUAAAACCAGUCGCACUACACCAUGGUCAAUUUUCAAAAAGAGCUCCUUGAAGAAAGGUCAAGGUUCACACCCGAUGUCUCCCCUAGCAGCUGCAAGUGUGGCCAAUCCUUCACCUGGAAACAUACCCAAAUCUCCAACCUCCAUAUCGUUGGAAUCAGACGACUCUAAUGAUGGGACGAGAUCUCAAGAAAUGAAUCGACCAACGAAAAAGACACCCUUGAAAUUCUUCCCUCCCGAUAGUCCCUCAAAUACACCCAGCACUUUUACCGGGAGUAUUGGUUCGAAAGAGAACAUUUUAUCGAAGCAGAUCCCCGAUCGAGACCAUGGAGAGGAGAAGAAGAUGGAGGUACAGCUGACGAGGGUGAGGGAGCAGAGCAAGAUGACGCUCGAGUAUCUAAGGAGGGACCCGGUCGCGUUUUUACGCAAUCUGACACCGAGGGGAUCCACCCGGCUGAGACCAGGCUCUAUGAUCCUGGGAACUGAGAUCUACAAGAUUGACCCGAAUAAGUGGACAGUGGAUCAAGUAUGCAAAUGGUUGGAGCUGGUCGGACUGGGAUCUUACAGGGAGGUCUUCAGAGAACGAAAUGUUACCGGCGAUAGAUUGGUUCAAUUGGACAUUCAACUCUUUGAUGAGCUUGAGAUUGACAGUCCUGAGAUUCGUGAAAUAUUCCUUGCCAAGAUCUAUGAGCUGAGCAACCCUAGUUCAGCGAUGGAGGAGUUAGAAGAUGACUUCAAAUUGUCAGUGGAUGAAUACACUUCAGAGGAUUGGAAGAAGUUCGAGGCAGCUGUGAAUGCCCUCAAGGGCAACGUCCUUGACAACACGAUAGAACUGGAGGCGUCAGCCAUUGACCAAUUCAUCCACACCGGCUAUGUGAGGUCACAGUCCACUCCUAACUUCGCAGACCUCGAUGAGCUAGAUCCAGACGAGACGCAAGAGUACGCUACUGGACAACACCAAAUGGCUGUAUCAAUGGACACGCAAAACAGAGACAUUUCGUCGUCUAUCUCACAGCAACAAGAGUCUUAUCGUAACGCCGUUUUCCAGAAUGGUACUGACCCACACUAUAACGGAGAAGCACUCACAACGGACUGGGUUGCUGAUUUACCAACCAUCAGAAGAAAGAGAGCUCUGACUGAACCCAUUCCCAUUAUCAAUGUUGAAAUUUUGGAGUCGAGACAUCCCCCUGACAACAGAACCCUCCCCCGUUCCAGUAGGUUGUCUGCCCCUGAGGCACCAGCCAUGAUUGUAGACCCUAAGAGGAGGAUUGUUAAGAAACAAUCAAUGUCCCCGAGACAGCUGUCAAUAGGCGAGGACCAAACCCUGCAGCUGGGUGUAAGUACUUCAGACAGAAGGAGAAGUUCCACGUCUAGCCAGUGUUUGGUGAAACUGUUCAUGGAUACUGUGCAAGAAGGUGCUCUGUACAAGUCAUUCCUGAUUUCCCCCACUACCACUGCUGAUGACCUGGUUGCCAUGGCACUGGACAAGGCCUACCUUGGAGACAACUGCAGCCCUCAACAGUACACGAUAUGGGAAAGAGAUAAAGACACUAGCAGCAGGAGCAGUCUGAGUCGACAGCUGAGGACAGACGAGUCUCCAGUGGCAGUGAAGUCGCAGUGGAGAGAUGAAAACAGUCGCUUCUUUGAGCUACGACUGAAGGAGGGCAUCCAACUUCACCCCACCCCUACAAAGAGAAAGAUGAGCUCACUGGAUGCGGGCGUCUUUGAGGCUCAGAUUAGAUCGCUCACAGAGGAAAAGAACCAGCUUUUAGGAGAGCUAAGUGUCUUCCAUUCCGAGCUCAUAGAGAAAAAUAAAGUUGAACAACAACUUGAGUUGGUUUCUGAAGAGUGUGCAUCGGUUAAGGCCAGGUAUAAGUCGGAACAAUUGAGCCAUAAUCGCGUUUUGUCUGAGAUGAAGGGGAGAUUGCAACAGCUUGGUUUUGAGAAGACGAAGCUUGGGGAUCAGAUAGCGAUCAUGUCAGCUGCCUCUGGUGGAGGGGAGGUAUCGAGUGACGUGUUGAUGGAGAUACAGUCCAAGUACUCAAAGACGGUGGAUUCUCUCAAGAUGCAACUCACUGAGAGGGGGAGAGAGAACGAGGAACUCAUGAGGAAGAACAUCACCUUGGACCAAGAAGUGGUGGAGUUAAGACACGACUCUAAAGAGCUUAGGAAGGUGUCUCGAUUGUUGAGGGAGCACCGACAACAGCUGAACAGUGCUGAGCAGAAACUAGCUGAGAAGGAGGACACUAUUCAUGGCCUCAGGGGGCAGCUGGAACACAGCCAAGUGUCUGUUCAGCAAGCUGCCGCUCUCCAGCAGACGCUGCAAGCCCUGGAGCUGACGUCCAGACAACAACAGGACCUGUCUAGUCGUACGGUGAUGGAGCUAAAGGAGCAAGUGUCUCGACUGACAGCUGAGCUGGGCCGGAGGGAGCAGCAGAUGAUGUCUCUGAGGAAAGAGAAAGAGAGACUCACCAGAGAAAGACAGACAAAGGACAACAUAGCCACGAGCCUUGAAGCAGACCUGGCCAGUUAUCGAAUAAUGGUGAGUCCUCAUGCUGACGCGAGUGAGAGGAUCCUCACCCUCCAGAGGUCCAUCUCUGUGCACGAGGUGGCACUGGCCUCACUGCAGGGCGAGUAUAACCACCAGACUGCUGAGCUGCUCGAAGCUGAGAAGGAGGUCUCUAAGUUCAGGGAUGCUCUAGCUAAGAAGGAGGAGCAGCUGGUGCUUGUGUCCAGCUCACAAGAACAACACUCACAGUCAACUAUGUACAGUCUACUAGGCACCUCUACCUCGUAUCAACUAGUGCUAGCUGAGAUCAACCAAGAGAGGGAAGCGUCACCUCAAGCACCCGUGGCUGGGUCAGGAGUGGAGAGGUCACUCUCUACGGCAUAUGGGAUCAAAGUCAGCAGGUUACUAGGCAACUGUGCAGUGUCGGAGGUAAACGAGGAAGCUGCUAAAGCUGGACUUCAGAGAGGAGACAGACUCCUUGAGAUCAACGGGAUGAGUGUGUCUGGCCAGACUCAACGUGAGAUCAACACCCUGCUCAAGAAACAGACUCAAGAAGGAGGAGCUCUAAGAGUGGUCGCUGCUCGACCAGUUGAUGGGAGGAGCGAGGAGGCAAACAGACUCUUGAAUCAGAGCUCUAUGGAUGACGAGUUGGCUGAUCGUCACAAGAAGCUGAAUGUGUCUCUCAGCCAACAGCUGGAGUCACAGACCAGUGAAGUCGACAGAUGGAGAAACGAAUGCGAGAGACUCAAAGCUGAGAUACUAAAGUACUCCACUUCGAAUAAAGACCAAAAUUCGGAAUUUUCAAUUCUUGAAGCAAGUGUUCUGGAUUUGAAAUCACAGCUGAAGAAUUCUGAGAGGGCUCGUGUGCAGCUGCGGGAGACGCUGAAUCGCCUUGAGGGGGUUACAAAGGAACAAGUGCAGGAUCGGGAGAGGGAACUGGUGUUACUAGUGGAGGCAACGGAGAGGGCAGCUAGUGCAAGAAUUCAACACUUGGAAGCUGAGAAACAGAAGCUGAUGAAGACCCUCCGUGAGCACCUCACCCACACAGGGGAUUCCCCUGCCACACCCCCUCCCAGUGAUGUGACAGCUGUCCCUCGUAACGAGCUUCUGACGAGACUGGCUGAGAGAGAGAGAGAGCUGACCAAAAACAGGGCGUAUCUGGACCAGCUGUUGAGUGUGGUCAUUGAUCAGGAGCCACAGCUGCUGGCUCAGGUCGGAGAGGCACAGCUGUUGAGGGACCAGAACGAAGUGGCUGAUGUGUAUGAUGAUGACUGGUGCUAAACUGUUUCAAUUUCGAUCAUCCACUAAUACAUUUAAUUAUGUUUUGUGUAUAAUGUUAUUUAUAUUUUGUACGUUGUGUCCCAUAUAGAAUCAUCCACUGGAACUUUUUAUUUCGACUACCGGUAUAUAAUUAUAAUUAUUCCUGUGUACAAAGUUUGCAAUUUUUCAUCUCUUAAAUAACUGUUGAGUAAUUAGGUUAAUUCAU